UUUGGUCCUACUUAAAUUAUAAUAGAAGUUGAUCAAUUUUCCUUUUCCCAUGAAAUCUACGUUGUCCAUACUCUCAAAGUCCCUCCGAAAUUUAAACCCAAAUCAAACUCUCAUUUCUUCCUCCCAAAAUUUCCUAACUACUCAAAAACUCCAUGCCCAGUUCCUUAAAACUGGAGUUCUCGUUGAAGAAUCAGUUACUCUCCUCAAGUUGUACUGCCAAUCCUCUCAAUUCCAAUUUGCUCACCAACUGUUCGAUGAAAUUCCAAACUGGGACUUAGUCUCUGCAACCUCCCUCAUUGGUUCCUUCACUCGAUGCAAUCGCCAUAGAGAUGCUAUCUCUCUCUUCUCUCGCUUACCAUUCUUCAGUAUCAGACCCAACCAAUUCACUUUUGGCACAAUUCUUCGCUCCGCGAUUUCUCUUAGCAAUCUCAACCUCAGCAAGCAACUCCACUCCUUAACAAUCAAAAUGGGUCUUCACUCCAAUGUAUUUGUUGGUAGCUCUCUUGUCGACAUCUAUGCCAAAUUGGGCAAUAUAGAAGAAGCUAAACUCGCAUUUGACGAUACUGAUGAACCUAAUGUAGUUUCCUACACUGCAUUAGUUAGUGGGUACUUGAAGAAAGAGCAGUUUGUUGAUGCACUUCGCCUCUUUAGGCAAAUGCCCGAGAAAAAUGUGGUUUCUUGGAAUGCAUUUGUUAGCGGUUGUAGCCAAAUCGGGCGCAACGAGGAGUCUGUGAAUAUAUUCGUGGAAAUGUGCAGAGAAGGCAUUAGGCCAACUCCAAUGACCUUUCCUUGUGUUCUAACUGCAGCUUCUAAUAUAGCAUCCCUUGGGCUUGGAAGAAGUUUUCAUGCCUUGGCUGUAAAAUCACUGGCAAAGCUUGAUGUCUUUGUGAGCAAUGCACUUGUGAGCUUAUACUCUAAAUGUGGAAGCUUGGAAGACACUGUUUCGGUUUUUGAACGGAUCAGAGAACGAAAUGUGGUAUCUUGGAACUCUGUAAUAUGUGGAUUUGCACAGAAUGGCAAAGGAGAGAAAGCCUUGGAAUUCUAUGAGAAAAUGCGGGUAAUGGGUGUGAAGCCCAAUAGUGUUACCCUUCUUGGUUUGCUAUUUGGAUGCAAUCAUGCCGGGCUUGUCGAUGAAGGGUACAAGUACUUCAAUUUAGCGAAAGAGGAAGAUCCUAACAUAUUGCGAGCUGAGCAUUAUGCUUGUAUGGUCGAUUUGUUGUCUCGGUCAGGGAGGUUCGAUGAGUCUGAGAGGUUCUUGAAGGAGCUCCCCUUUGACCCAGGAGUUGGAUUUUGGAAGGCAAUGCUUGGUGGUUGUCAAAUACGCUCGAAAAAGGAUUUGGCAUCGACAGUAGCAAGCCAUAUUCUUGCCCUAGAUCCCAAGGACAUAUCGUCCUAUGUUCUGGUGUCGAAUGUUUUCUCUUCGGUUGAGGAUUGGGGGAGUGUAUCGAAUAUUAGGAGAGAAAUGAAGGAAAAGGGUAUGAAGAGGAUUCCUGGAUGUAGCUGGAUUGAGAUUAAGAGCAAGGUGGUUGUGUUCUUCAAUGGAGAUCGAAGACAUCCGAAAACCGAUGAGAUUCAUACUAUGCUAGAUUCUUGCUUGAGUUAUUCCAGUUUGGAAGCUUAUGGCUUUGGAGUUUUCAAAGAUUCUUGAAGAUUCUGUGUUGUCAACUAGUAUCAAGCUCAGAUUCCUUCGGUUCUGAGCUUGUUUUUAUCUCAUUGAAAAGGUCAACACCUUGAUCAUAAUUCUUCUCG